AUGAUUCCCACUACUCAAGAAUCGCAAUGCAAAUACCCCAACCUGUCUUCCCCUGAUGUCAAUCCGCCACCAUUGCCACCUCCAUACAGUCAAGAUCCUCAGCCUGGACCGUCAUCCUCCACUGCACAUCCAAAAUCCGAAGAGAAAUGGGGUACUCACAUCAUGGGCACACCUUCUGUGCCCACAUGCCACCCCAAUAAUCAGAAGGCAGCCUUGUGGGGAGCAGGCGAUCAAUAUGAUUACCAAAACCACCAUUACCCUUACGUACAGUAUUCCCCAGUAGAAAGAACCAACAGCACACCCUUGGAAUCUGUUCUCCAGAAGUUCAAUUCAUGGAGCCACAAGGCUGAGUCCAUUGCUCAUAAUAUUUGGCACAACCUUAGAACAGGACCAUCUGUGCCUGAAGCUGCCUGGGGGAAGGCGAAUCUGACAGCGAAAGCAAUAACAGGAGGUGGGUUUGAGGCCCUGUACAAGCAGACAUUUGCAACGUUUCCAAAUGAGAAGCUAAAAAAGACUUUUGCCUGUUACCUGUCUACCGCAACUGGACCAGUUGCCGGAACCCUCUAUCUGUCCAAUGCCCAUAUUGCUUUCUGCAGUGAUAGACCCUUGUCUUACACAGCACCCUCAGGCGAAGAAACCUGGAGCUAUUACAAGAUUCUGAUUCCCUUGGGCAAGAUUGGCAACAUCCACCCAGUAAUCAUGACGGAAAAUCCAAAGGAAAGAUAUAUCCAGGCUAUCACCAUUGACGGGCAUGAUUUUUGGUAUAUGGGUUUUGUCAACUAUGAGAAAGCAACUUACCAUCUCUUUGAAGCUGUUUCAAGUUUUGCGGCUGCUGGCAUACCAGUGGCGCAACCAUUUCUAGCUGAACAAUCCCACUAG